UUUCCAUAACCAAAAGAAAAUAUAUAGACUAUAGAGAGAGAGGUUGGUUACCAUUUUAGUGGGUGAAUAAUGGUUACCAUUUUAAUGAUGGUUGGUUAUCAGAUAGAGCAACUUUCGAACUGGCUCAUAAGAUUUUUCAUCAUUGGCCUGAUUAAGGAGACCUUGCGUAAGGUUUCAGAUAUCAAUAGAUCCAUAAAAGCCCAAUUAUCAUUAGUGAAUGAUUCUGCUGAGCAAAUUCAAGGCUUGGAUUCAAGCGACAGACAAGCUUCAACAAUGAGUCGAACGUCCGCUGUCCUUGGACAUGACAAGUAUUGUGCUCCAUUUCCCGUCAUACUAGAGACUGUUAGAACGGUGAAGAAAUUGGGCUUUCCCGAUAAAUUUAUUGUCAAAAACAUUGACGACAGCAUCAUUUUCAACCUUGAAAGGCCUUCCUUCUCGAUCCAUAAACGAUAUACCUUAUUUGAUGACGAGAAGAACCCUAUCGUCACGCUACACAGCAAGAGAAUGACAGCACAUAAUCGUUGGGAAGUUUUUAGGGGUAAAAGUGACCAAAGAAACGAUUUGCUCUUUAGUGUAAAGCAACACCAUAUAAUCCAACUAAAGCCCAACUUGGACGUGUUCUUAGCUGCAAAUACUGAAGAAAUUGUUUGUGACUUUAUGGUACUAGGAAGUUGGUCUGGUGGAUCAUUUAGUGUUCAUGACGUUCAGUCCAACGACAAAAUAGCCCAGAUUGCUAAAUACGUUGCUCCUGGAAGAAUUGGGUUUUCUAAAGAGAGUGCCGUGGUGAGAGUGAAAGCCAACGUCGAUUAUGGAUUCAUUGUGGUACUGAUUAUGGUGAUUCUUAUCCUAACCUAAAGGCAAGCAUGGAGUUGAUGUAGAAUUUGAUUUUGUGUCAAUAAUGCAUUGGGUUAUCUCAGUAGUUGUUCAUCCAAAUAAAACUACCUCAGUAGUUGUAACAAUUUGUUUUCCAGUCAAUUAGACGGUUACUUCAAUUGGUUAUUAGGGUCUAUUUUGCAGUUGUAUGCUUUUACUAAAUAUCAAAACAGUUUGUUGUCUUUUCUA